AUGGGGUAUAGUCAUAAUCACCAGUGGGACAACAAAAUGCAGUACUGGGAUGUUAACAAAGACGAAUCAGAGUAUGCUGAAUUUCUGCAUUGCAAAGGAAAAAAAUUUACAGAUUUUGAUGAAGUUCGCCACGAGAUUGAAGCAGAAACAGAUCGAGUGACUGGAAUGAAUAAAGGCAUUUCCUCCAUACCCAUUAAUUUACGAGUCUAUUCCCCACACGGUUUGAGAACCAUUGGAGUCAUCACCAAGCUGGAUCUUAUGGAUGAAGGAACGGAUGCCAGGGAUGUCCUAGAGAACAAGCUGCUGCCUCUCCGCAGGGGUUACGUGGGUGUGGUAAACAGAAGCCAGAAGGACAUUGAUGGCAAAAAGGACAUCAAGGCGGCCAUGCUGGCAGAGAGGAAAUUUUUUCUUUCCCACCCGGCUUACAGACAUAUUGCUGAUCGAAUGGGGACCCCACACCUGCAGAAGGUCCUUAAUCAGCAACUUACCAACCACAUUCGCGAUACCCUGCCAAACUUCAGGAACAAACUACAGGGACAGUUGCUCUCCAUAGAACAUGAAGUAGAAGCCUACAGAAACUUCAGACCAGAAGACCCCACCAGGAAGACCAAAGCACUGCUGCAGAUGGUUCAGCAAUUUGCUGUGGACUUUGAGAAGAGAAUUGAAGGGUCAGGAGAUCAAGUAGAUACCCUGGAACUCUCAGGUGGUGCUAAAAUCAAUCGCAUUUUCCAUGAGCGCUUUCCUUUUGAGAUAGUAAAGAUGGAGUUCAAUGAGAAAGAAUUGCGAAGAGAAAUAAGCUAUGCAAUCAAAAACAUACACGGGAUCAGGACGGGUUUGUUUACACCAGACAUGGCAUUUGAAGCUAUAGUCAAAAAACAGAUCGUAAAGCUGAAAGGGCCCUCCUUGAAGAGUGUAGAUCUGGUAAUGCAAGAAUUAAUCAACACUGUCAAGAAAUGUACCAAAAAACUGGCAAACUUCCCUAGACUGUGUGAGGAAACAGAAAGGAUUGUUGCUAACCACAUCCGUGAGCGAGAAGGGAAGACGAAGGACCAGGUCCUGCUACUGAUUGACAUUCAAGUAUCCUACAUCAACACCAACCAUGAAGACUUCAUUGGCUUCGCAAAUGCUCAGCAGAGGAGCAGUCAGGUUCACAAGAAAACCACAAUUGGAAAUCAGGGAACCAAUCUUCCGCCUUCAAGGCAAAUUGUGAUUCGCAAGGGCUGGCUAACUAUCAGCAACAUUGGCAUCAUGAAGGGAGGCUCUAAGGGAUACUGGUUCGUCCUUACUGCAGAAAGCUUGUCCUGGUAUAAAGAUGAUGAGGUAAGCCACAGAGAGUGA